ACGCAGUGGUCAGCGAGUUAGGGUUCCAUGUCCCGUCGCUGCGCCGUGCAGCUCUCUCUACGUGCGCCUGGCCCGACGCCGCUGUCAUUAGGCGAUUUGCCCCACAGACAGACAACUAGCACAAGUACAGGCGCCGUAAUGAACAUGCGAGGCCUGGCAGCGACGGUGACGUCCUGCAUCGGCGGCAAGGACGAGAAAUUCGCGGUACAGGUCCGUCCCGCGGCGCCCGCGAGCGUCUACUUCGUAUACAAGACCAUGGGCGAGUUCGACGCGCUCUGGGGGUCACUGGAAACCCUCGCGCGCGACGUGAAACGCCGCACUUGCAACAGUCAGGAGAAGCCACAGGAGGAGAAGAAACCGAGUCUGUUGGCCAAGUGGCUGGCUGGUAUCGUGGACCACUACGCGUUCCGACAGAUCAUCCGCGACCUGCGUGCGCAGGAGAAGGAAACCAUGAGCACGCUCAACGUGCUGCUGCAGUUCCUCGUCGCGCGCGUGUCCGCGCUCUACAAGGAGCGCAGUCUUCUACACGCGUGCACUGUCGGGCGUCAACUCGUAACGCUCGUGCGCGACUUCUUGCAACAGCCCGUCGCGGCCAUCACCAAGACUGAGACGGUCGUCAAGACGACGCCCAGCACUAAGGAAGGCCGGAAACGCUCGUUCGAAGAGAUGCGCCCCGAGGACGGCGAGGAGCAGCGCAGCAGUCUGUUCCCUACACGCAGCGGCAGCGAGCGCGCUGUCAAGACCCAGAAGCUCUGUGGGAUGCGGGAGUGGGCCAUUCCACCUGUCGGCAAGCUGGGAAUGGUGGCGCCUGUGGCGUCUCGUCGGCGGGUGUUUGCGGAGGUGGAGUUUUGAAGACAAGGAGAAUUAUUUAUCACUUAGGAACGACGGCAUAGAAUCGUAUAGUAGUCUAGAGGUUGGCCGAGGCAGGCCACGUAUUUAUAAUAUGAGCCGAACGCAGUUUCCCCCACUACAUGAA